AUUAAAAACAAUUUUACGGUAUUUGUUAUUUAUUUAUUUUAUAUCUGGGUAAAGAAAGGACGUCUGUGAUGUGUGAGAGCGAGGAAAUGAAAUCAACAAAUAGAUUAAAACUGAAGAACGAGUCUGUUUUGAAAAUGUAAGAAGUAGAAAGUACAAAUAUUUGUGUAAAAAUGUGAUGAGUAAAAGUAAAAAAGUUAAUAAAUAGUGAAGUAAAGUACUGAUACCAGAAAAAGUUACUUAUGUACAAUAACGAAGUAUUUGUACUUUUACUCCCCAUCUUUGUUUGUAAUGAAGUUUCAUGAGUUUAUUCUAACAUGUGCAAUACACUGGAACCAAGUGAUUCGUUUGGGGAGGUGCCGGUGAACAAAAAGAGUCGGAUCAGCAAAAAGAAUCGGUUCAGCUGCUCUCGUGCGCUUUAGCUCAAAUAAAGCGCGCGCUCAGCCGAGAGCGCCAGCACACUAGUGCAUUCUGCUGAUAUGGCGCUGCUACUACUAAUACUAUUGCUGUUGUAUAGGAGUGGUGCAUCAAUUACUACGCAAUAUUUUAUUGCAAGUUAGGGGUCAAAAAAGUUUACAAUGAACGAGUCGGUGAAUUCCAGCAACGGCUCAUGUGCUGCUCCGGCAGUGUGUGAGGAAGAGGUGCUCACUGCAUUGCCCUUCCUGGUGGAUGCCUGGCUUGUGCCUCUGGUCUUCGCUGUCAUCAUGCUGCUGGGUAUACAUGGAAAUGCACUUGUCCUGUACGUCAUUUCCAAACACAAGAAAAUGUGGACGGCGACCAAUAUCUAUAUAGCGAACCUGGCGAUGACAGACAUCACCUUUCUGGUCUGCUGUGUACCUUUCACUGCUGUGCUUUAUCCGUUACCGAGCUGGAUCUUUGGAGAUUUCAUGUGUAAAUUUGUCAGUUACAUUCAGCAGGUAUCUGCACAGGCCACGUGUGUAACCCUGACAGUGAUGAGUGUGGAUCGUUGGUACGUCACGGUGUACCCGUUGCGCUCCUUGCAGUGUCGCACACCAAGAGUUGCCACCAUGGUGAAUCUGGGAAUCUGGAUAGGAUCUUUCUUGGUGUCCCUGCCAGUGCCACUGUACACUAGGACUUUACCUGGAGAAUGGUUUGGCCCUCAAGUAUUCUGCACUGAGAUUUUUCCCACUACAACUCACAAGAAAGCGUUCAUCCUGUACAACUUCCUUGCUGUUUACAUGCUCCCACUGGUGACAAUCUGUGUGUGUUAUCUGGCCAUGUUGCACCAGAUGGGCCGGCCAGCCGUGGAGCCUGUUGAUAACAAUUAUCAGCUCCAGGUUCAGACCGAGCGCAGUGCUGCUGUAAGAGCGAAAGUAUCCCGUAUGGUGCUGGUGAUUGUACAGCUGUUUAUUCUGUGCUGGGGGCCCAUCCAGCUGUUCAUUCUGGCACAGGCGUUCAGCCCGCACUUCCGUCAGGACUACUACACUUACAAAGUAAAGAUAUGGGCACACUGCAUGUCCUACAGCAACUCAUGCAUCAAUCCCAUUGUCUACGCCUUCAUGGGGGCCAAUUUUCGCAAGGCCUUCAAGAAAACCUGUCAAUGUUGUUUCAAACAGAGGGUAACUGUCACCCAACAGCCAAACGCUAACGGAAACACAGAGAUGCAUUAUGUGUCGUAGAGGAGAUCUUGUGUGUGUGUGUGUGUGUGUAGGGAGACUUUUAACCUUGUAGGGACAUAGAGAAAACAGCUUUUUGUUUUCUUAUUAUUAUUUCUUUUACAACUACAGACAGUAGCUUCUAUUUUUAGAUUCAUAAUGUUUAGGUUUAAGAUUUUUUACAUAUGUCAGCUUCUCUUUGUAUUAUGCUUUAUUUAUUUCUAUGAUUAAAUCUAAUUAUAUAAAGGGAAUGCUUUUAAACCAGAUAGGGUUAUUGCACUGAUCACUAUGUGGAGGAAGAAGACAAUAUAAUGCCACUGGACAUCAGAACUUCUACUUGGGUUACCUCAAACAGUACGGACUAAUAUACAGAUAAUAAUGUUUAAAUAGUGUUUAAAAAUCCUGAAAAACAAAUGAAAUGGAUAUUUAUACUGUGAGACAUGGAUAUCGCUAUAUGUGAAAUAACAUGACUGUUUAUUUUUUUGUCUGGUUUCAGAAAUCUCUGUCUUAAAUAACAUUAUUUACCUGUGAAAUCUGCUGUUUAUCUUUAGUAUAUCAGAAAUAUAUUAUUUUGUCUAUAUUUCUGUGCAGAUCUGUUGUUUUUGUAUUCGUUUGCAUAUAUGUUCAUGAACUCGUUGGAAAUAAUGCUGCAGAAUUUUAAACGGAUAAACAAUCAGCUGUAAAUA